AUGUCAGAGCAAUUGGAAAAUUCUGUUUCUGUCAUCAAGCAACAGAUUGCUUUGAUGAAGAAAUGUCUCGAUCAGAAGAACAGGCUCAUGGAUGCUCUCAAGCACUGCUCCACGUUUCUAUCCGAGCUCAGGACAAAUGCAUUGACUCCCAAACAGUACUAUGAAAUGUAUAUACUGGUCUUUGAUGGAUUGAGCUAUCUCUCUUCUUUUCUGAGGGAUACGCAUCCAAACAACCAUCUUGCAGAUCUCUACGAAUUGGUGCAAUAUGCCGGGAACAUCAUCCCUCGGCUGUAUCUGAUGAUCACAGUGGGAACUGUGUAUAUGUCAAUUCCCAAUAGUCCAAAAAAGGAGAUCAUGAAGGACAUGAUUGAGAUGUGUCGCGGAGUUCAGCAUCCCGUGAGAGGCCUGUUUUUGAGGUAUUAUCUCUCGCAGAGAACCAAGGAUCUUCUGCCUGUCGAUGAUGAGAGUCUGGACGAUUCAAUAAAGUUCAUCAUUACCAACUUCAUAGAGAUGAACAAAUUGUGGGUGAGAUUGCAGCAUCAAGGUCAUUCCAGUGAGCGUUCAAAGAGAACAAAAGAGAGAAAGGAGCUGCAGAUUCUGGUUGGAUCCAAUCUGGUGAGAUUGUCCCAGCUGGAGAAAAUCGACAAGAAUUACUACAAAGAGUUUAUUCUUCCAACUAUCCUUGAACAAAUUGUCCAGUGCAAAGAUAUGAUAGCUCAGGAGUAUCUUCUUGAUGUCAUAACACAGGUAUUCCCCGAUGAGUUCCAGGUAUCUACAUUGGAGGAGUUUCUAAGCACCACCUUGGCACUCAACGAUGCCGUGAGUUUGAAGAAGAUAGUUCUGGCGUUGAUCAACCGACUGAUUGGAUUCAAGCAGCGUGAGUCAGACCUUGCAACAACCAGCAAUUUUUUGGAUGUUUUCAUCAAGUAUGUUGAGAAUCUGGACAGCUUGAAGCCGGAUCUACCGCUAGACGACUUCUUUGCAAUCCUGGAGGGUGUGUGCAAGAUAUGCAUUAUAUACCAUCCUGAGGACUACCAGAAUGUGAACAGGAUAUUCCAGCACGCGCUGGCCAAAUCCAAGGAGCACCAAGGGAAACCCUCCGACCUUAUAUUGGAAAACUACUGGAAAUUGCUGCUGUUGGCACCAGUGUUGAACUACAGCAGUGUCAAAUCCAUACUGGAGUUGGAUGACACCUACUUUGACUUCUUAACGGCUCAGAAACCGCAGCUUCAAAGUUCCGUAUCCAUGGAAGUUCUUGACCGUCUCUUGGAUAACAAUUUCAAGAUCGAGACUCCCGGUCAGGUCAAUAAGAUCUUCAGGUACAUAUCCACUCUUCUGGAAGAAGGCAAUCCGACGAUGAAGCAAUUAGGGUUGGAUCCAGCUCAGAGCAUUGAGGUUCAGAAACAGCAGGAGAAGCUCGCAAAGUUUCUGCAUUUGCUUUACAGUUCAGAUCCCUUCGCGCACUUUGAGCUUAUUCGUUUAUCGAAGACCCAUCUUUCCAAAAACUCGAUCAGAAUCCAAAGCACAUAUCCUACCCUGGUCUCGAUUCUACUUAAAAUCAUAAGGAAGCUGAAACUGAUCAAUUAUAUCGACUUGGAAAACCCAACGGCGGUUUUGCAAGUGAAGAAUGUGUUUCGGUUCAUUUCAACGACUAUAAAUGAGCUGUACCAACAAUCUGCCGAGAACGUUCCCCAAUCAUGUGUCAACUUGAAUCUGCUGGCUGCUCAACUUGCGAACGAAGUUGGAUUGGUCGACAUUGCCUACGAGUUUUUCAUCGAAAGUUUUAUCAUAUAUGAGGAAUCCAUAGUGGAUUCCAGAUUACAAUAUCAGGUGUUGCUUCUCAUCAUUAGCAAGCUGCACAGCUGCAACAACCUCAUCACCUCGAGCAUGGAGAAUUACGACACGUUGAUCACGAAGACUGCGCUUUAUGGUUCCAAACUAUUGAAGAAGCCAGACCAAUGCAGAGCUGUGUAUAAUGCGUCUCAUUUGUGGUGGGUGAUCCAGCAGAAUGAAGAAGAGGAUGACGACGAAACAGAAGAAGGUGAAGAGCCCAAGCCCGCUCCACAGAUACCACUAAAGAAAGACAAUAAAAGGGUCUUGGAGUGUCUACAAAAGUCCCUGCGUAUUGCGGAUUCUACGUUGGAUACGAGUGCUUCUCUGGAGCUGUUUGUGGAGAUUCUCAACAGGUCCCUGUACUAUUUCAUACAUGGCAAUGAGCUUGUGACAAUCAAGUAUAUCAAUGGACUGAUAGAGUUGAUUCAGAAUAAUUUCAACGCCAUGACUUCGGGUAACGAGAACGAGACCAUCAGGCAGGAAUUCAAUCGCACUCUUCAGUACAUUAAAGAGCAGGGAAGCAUUGAUGAGAGGUUUCAGCAUAUAGUGCUUGUAUAA